GCUGAUGUCGAACUUUAUUUAAUGUUUCAGCAAAGGCAUUUUUUUUUACUAAGGACAAAAAACUACAUUACCCAUCAUUCCCUGUGAGUCAACAAACGCAGGGUCAAAGGGCGACACACAAAAAAUCAGAGUCGUGUGCUGCUUCGAGCAUGGCAUCAGACGGAUUAAGUGUGCCUUCAGUUCCACAUGAGGACCAGAGAGAUGAUGGGACCCACUCCAGUCCAGAGGCAGGGGUCCCCGCUGAGCCCAACAGUGACAAAGACACCACAGCAGAGUCAGUAAAACGAGACCACGUUGAAGUCAGCGUGUGCCAGUUUUUCCUGAUGGGAAAGUGUCACUUUGGCCACAGAUGUCGUUUGUCUCACAGUGACCCAUCAGUAGAUGAUUCAGGGGCUGUAUCUCCUGACGAGGAUGACAAAGUCGAUCGAGAAAAGAUGGAAAAACACAAGAAGAAAAUAAACAAAGCAACAAAGCCAAAAGAUGAGGCAAAAGAUGUGAACAAAAAGCCUCGCAUGCGCACAGCAGAUGAUGUUAUCUCUCGGAUCCUAUGGGACGCGUCAGUGGAUGCAUCAGAGUUUGUAGUGGGCUAUGUGGAUCGUUUCCUUGGUGUGCUGGAGCGUCCCUUCAGUGAGUUCAAUUGGGACACCAACCCCUGUGACUGUGAUUACACUGUUGAGCUGGCCCUGCCCAGACAUAGGAUCCAGUACUUCACCUACAGAGGGCACCGCGUCUGGGACCGCCACAGCAGGACCGACAGGGUGUUUGGCUCUACCGGUCAAUCUCUGGCUCCCCCCUUUGGAGGGGAGGAGGAAGUAAAGGAAGGAAACACAGAGGACCAAGAGCAACAACAAGACCUCCCUCAACCAACAGAAGAGCGGCCACCUGCUGUCCGUGGGCAGGAAGAGAAUGAAACAGAGGACUGUACUCAUACCGAGAACACACAUCUGGAGGGAGAGAAGCCAAGUGAAAUGAAUAUUCACAACCUGGAUUCAACACAAGCUCCAAAGUGUAAAGGAAACACUUCUCAGGAACAACAAGAAUCACAAGGAGCAUGUGUUACAGAGGAGGCUGAAAUCAGACUCAAGGCUUCAACAGACCAGACAUCCUUGUCGCAAAAAGAUGGAGCAGGCGUAAAAGAGGAGGCUGAGGAAGAGACUUUGGCAGAAUGGCAAGAAAUCUGGGAAGGCAAUAAAGAUGCCUCGACUGGUCUCGGAGCCCAGAACAUCAGCCAGAGUGGUCCACCUCUGGAGCAGAGAGAGGAGAAGCGUGGUGGUCGCCCGCCUAAGAAGCGACCCACACACUUCAUCACCUUCAGGGCAAACACUCCUGCUAUCCUCUCCUGUUUCCAGCAGCUGCAGGAGGAGCUCACCUCCCUUCUACCCUCCUCUGCCCCUCACUGGCAGACCUCCUCCAGCCUUCAUGUCACCCUGUGCCUCCUGGUGCUGGCCGGCCCAGCUGAGGUAGCCGCUGCCGGGGAGGUCCUCCGACGGUUUGCCCAUUUGGAUCGCAAUCCCCCGGUGGCUCUGACCUUCCCUCUGAAGCUGAAACAUUUCAACGGGAAGGUGCUGUACCUGAGCCCCCAGCCUCAGCUUCACCUCCAGCAGCUCAACAGCGGCUUGCAGGAGGCCUACAGGGAGGAGGGCUGGCUCCACAGGGACUCCUACAACCCCCGCUACCACCUCACACUGGCCAAGGUAGAGGGCGGGGAGGGAGACAGGAUUUUUGAAGGGGUUGGGGACCUGAAGGUGGGGAAGGGUUUAAAUUUUGGCCGUCUGCCUGUAAACACCUUACACCUUUGUGCCAUGGGUGUUCCCAAAGUAGAUGGUUUUUAUGAGUCUGUGUGCACAGUAAAUCUUCGAUGAUAGAAGAGUGUGGCAUUUCAUGUGCACACACUACAUACGUGUUUGUUGAUACUUUAGCGAUAUGACUGGGUUCAAUACCUCUAAAAUUUGCACAAGCCACGUGGCCUUAGCAACCAAAUAUGAUGUCUGUGUGUUAAUUAUAAGAUGCACUUUUAAUGAUAACUGAGUGGAAGGCAUUUUUAUAGGAACAACUAAAGGGAGUUAAAUGUAUCUUUAUGUAGCACAAUGGCAAACACACUACGUUCAAUUAUACUAAACUACAUUAAGAUGUAAAAGGAUACAAUGGUCCCACUACACUUGAUUUUACAUUUUGAUUUAGAAUAUGUAUUUUCCUGGGUGCCCGGUUAGCUCAGUGCCCCCUUUCCUGUCUGUCUUCAGCUGUCACUAUCAUAAAGGCAAUGAAAGCCCCCAAAAAAACAUUUAAAAGAAUUAUAAAAUAUGUAUUUUCCUCAAUUAAUGCAUUUUAUUCCGUUACAUUAUGUGUUAUAUUGAUAGAAAUGAAUGUAGUCUACACAAAUUACAAGGAAUUCAUAAUGAUAAAAUACAUCUAUAACUAAAAGCACAGGUGCUUGCUUUCAGUCUUUGAAUAGAAGAAUAUAAAAUCCGAUUGAGUGAAGUACAUUCAUUGCACUUGUGAAGUCUAGUUUUCAUGUUAUCGUGCAGACUUUCUUUCAUCUUUCUUAUUUGUUGGCUCUAAAAAAAAAAAAAUAAAUAAAUCAUAAAUAUACUGUAAAGCAUGCAAUUGCUAAAUGAAACACAUUUCAAAUUUUUAACUAACAUUAUCAAAUAGUUGACUGAAAGUACGAAUAUACAAUAGUACAUUAAUUGCACUUGUGAAGUCUAUUUUUAGUCUUCUUAUUUGUUGGCUUUAGUUGAUUUUGAUUUAUUAGCGUAAAAAUGCACUAUAAAGUCUGCAAUUGGUAAAUGAAACGCAUUUCAAAAUUUAAACAAAAAAUAAUCAAAUACUUGACGAAGAAAAUUCUUUUGGCAGCUGUUUUGAUCAUCGAUUAAUCAAAGUAAAGCCAAAUGACAAAAACUUUGUCGUUCUAGCAUGUUUAGUUGUAAGGACAUGAUUUACUUUGUUAUAGUAACAUGAAGCUUUUUUUUUACUAUGAGAACGUGUUAUUGGUCAAAAUCAAUAAUUAAAUUGAGAAAAUGAUCAACAGAUUAAUUCAUAAUUUACAUUGUUUGCCCAAGUCAAAAGGGAACUGUCAGUGUGAGUUCUCCUGCUGUAGUAGUAUGAAAUCUGCCUUCAGACCCUGGAGGAGACUCAUGCAGAGUAGAAUACCUACUUUAUUAAAAUAAUAAAUUAACUUAUAAUGCCUUCAGUAGACAUUUUUUCCUCCAUUUAUCUGAUGUAGAGCUGCACGAUACUGUAAAACCAUCAUGUUGCCAUUAUCUUUGACAGAUAUUGCAAUAUGAUUCACAAUUAGUGGAAAUGCAUCAAAAUUUUAAUUUUCACUGAAGAAAUUAUUACAACCCCGGUCAUAUGACAUUUGUACCAAACAAACAUUUCUUAUAUCUGGAGAGCAGGAUUUGUAGGCCACAGUACUUCAAUAUAAUACUGUUUACACACAUUUUACCUUUUUUGUUUUGUUUUGUCUUUUUUUAAAUAAAAGCUUCUGAUUUUGCACUUUGCCAUAUUGCUAAUAUAUAUAAUAUUCCGAUUAAUUGUACAGCUCUGAUCUGGAUGGGCCAAACAAGGUGUUUGGGUAUGCUUCACUUUGAUAUCUACUGUUUUAACAACUACUCAGACAGGACGUAUGCACCUGCCAUGAAGGCGAAUGUACAGGACAUAAAUUGUCCAUGAGGGUAAAAUAUUACAGUUAUUUUUUACAGCCAUAAAUUUACCAAAGUGGUUGUAUUCUGCGGCUCAUAAUUUCCUGUCCUAAACAAUCUGUUUUACAUGAAUAUUGUAUGGACUUGUAUGACUUUGUAUGCUUUCACAAUGAAUUAUAACCAUUAGAUUGUCGAGGACAUUAAAUAUUGAAUUGGUUAUUUUAAA